AUUUUAGAAGAAGGUAAAGAUAGAAGGUAGCCUACAAUGACAUAAUAUGUGGACAUUUUUAUGACAAUACAGUAGUAAAAUUCACAUGUCUAGUUUAAUACGUCAUUAUACAGAUAUUUGAAUAUUAAUUACGUUUAUAUUACUUAAUUUAUUAUCAAGUACUUAUAUUUUUCUUCAUUUUUUGAAAAUGGUCAUUACCCUAAGCACGACUUCAAUUAAACAAGCUCUGGCUACAAGUGAUUCGUCUGAAUAUGCUUUGAGUAUUGAGCCUGCCAUUUCUGGUAAAUCUGUGAAACUAGCUCCUUCUACGGUAGCAAGCAGGCGGCUACUAUACAAGGCGAUACUCAACGGGGUCGAUUGUACCCCGGAUAACAUCACUGACCCCACGUUCGCUAUCCUGGACGAGACGCUGACACACGCAGCUUUUGAAGGGAAAUCGAGAUCCAGAAGUGAAGCAGUUAUUAAAUUCACGAGAUCCAAGUCCGUGUUAGCCGUGGGGGGCGGCCCGAAAGUUUUCGCCACCACUAUCAACCUUGACGACAUUGAAAUCGAUCACACACUCAACACUGAGGAGGGCUUAGAAUCCGAUGACGGGCAGGUUUCCUUGGCACCGUCUGCAUUUUAUUUACCAAAAAUGAAUCCGGUUACGUCGUACCCGCCAGAUAUGCUUGUCACGCUCAAAGAAACUGAAACUGUCUUCUUGGUAUCGUUGCCAAGUUUGUCAUGUGACAGAGGAUCAGCGGAAGGGCAGAUCGUCGAGGCCGACAAUACCUUCUAUGAGUUCAUCACAGUUGGAAAAGGUAAAAAUCGAAAAAUGGUUAAUCAAGAAACUCAGACCAAUGCUACUACAACACUAACCCGGCAUACCAUCGCCGUAAGGCCGCAGAAGAAGAAUGCUGUAUCCUUCGCAUCGAUGUGGGAUAUGCACGACACUUACGCACAUCUUAAAAUGAUACAGGAACAAGAAGAGGAAGAUGAUGAGAUGGUGAUGUACCAGUCCGCAGCGCCCCAUAUGCUGCGGAAGAAGAGAAGAAAGCUACUUCAUCCAGAGAAAAGCAGGCCAAUGACAUUCGAAGCGAUUGGAGCGACGCCGCAAUACUUGGACGCAGUGCUUCUGACAGAACGUGUGCUCGCUUCCCUGGAGUUCACUGCUGCCCAGAAAUUGUUUCGGGGACUUGUCGCUGUCGAUCCGCUGUCAUUAGAUUUAAUUUACGUUUACACUUUAACUAAUUUGUGGACCUUUGAAUGUGAGGAGACUUUGAACAAACCAAUAGUUGAUAUAUCUUUCAAUGCAGUAUGUCCAAACCUUUGCGCAAUAGCUCAUGGAAAAUUUGGUUAUGCAGAUGUUUGUAAAGGCAUCGUUUGUGUUUGGUGUACCAAAAACCCACGUAAGCCAGAAAGACUUUAUAAUUUUGAAGUUCCUGUCACGUCUGUAGGGUUCUCUGUAAGAAACCCUAAUUGGUUGGCUUGUGGGUUUUUUAACGGUGACGUGAUAAUCCUAGAUAUCACUUCAUAUUCUCCAAAAAUAAUAGCAAGAAGCAAACGUGACACAAAUCCCUGCUUUGAGCCAAUUUGGAUAGUAACUUGGCAGUGUACUCCAGAACGAGACAACGAGUAUGUGAUGGUAGCUUGUCAGGAUGGACGAAUUCGUAGAUUGCAAAGUACUAAAACACACGAGUUUAUCAGUACUCCCAUGAUGCGGGUAUCUGCCGUCGAAGGCAAGCUGAAGGGACUAGAAACUACCAAACCGUGUCCUAAACAUGAUGUGCCCAUUACUAGAUAUCCCGCGGUAUUGUGUAUGAUAUGGCACCCCACUAUAGACCACUGCUACCUGGUGGGCACAGACGAGGGCUGCAUACACAGAUGUUCCACGCACUAUCUCAACCAGCACAUAGACGUGUACCGCGCUCACGCGGGCCCCGUCACGGACUUGUGUAACUCACCCUUUAUGAGCUACUUGCUGGCUUCGUGUGGCGCUGACAAUGCUAUUCGGCUGUGGAUAGAAGGCAUGGACGAUGUUGUAAUGACAUUGGUCUGUCAAAGCGCAGUUAACGGAAUAUCAUUUUGUCCAAAUAACUCGACUAUCUUACUGUCUGCGAGUGGGAAUACAUUAUCAGUUUGGGACUUGCGUCGCAAGAUUCAUAUGCCAUGUGCCGAGUACCAGUUUCCUGGAGACGUGACGCUGACAUACAUACGGUUCGAGAAAUCCGGGCACAAUGUGUACCUCGGGGACACGAAGGGCAGGCUACAUACAUUACAUUUAUCGGAUACGCCGAUAGCGCCAUACAACCAAAAGAAACUCUUGGACGAAGCUAUAAGGAAAGCUCUCUGUACAAGACCGAACAUGUUAAAGCAACUUGACAAGCUCCUCAGGUUCAAAGCCCGCAAGGUUCGGCGAACGUAGCUGCAACCUACAAUGAGACGUCGCAUCGCAG